AUGCGUGUUUUAUCUUUUGCCCUGGCCCUUUUUGCGGCUGAUAUGGUCGUUGAAGCUGGAGUUUGCAAGCCAGCUCGUACAACUACGGCCGCAACUUCAAUUGCUGAAUCAACUACCGCCACCUCUGAGACUUCUGUCCUUGAGUCGUUGACCUCUGCAACUGAGACCUUGAGCACCGACUCAAGUGAGACCUUGACGGCUUCUACAACCGAGGCUGAAACUACUUCGACUGAAGCUGUUCCCACUACCACGACCGAGGUUACUGUCACUACUGAGGCUUCUACCACCGAGGCUGCUUCGACCACCACGGAUGAGGUUCCUACUACAACCGCCGAGGCUACUACAACUACUGAGGCUGCUACCACCACCGAGGAAGCUUCCACUACAACCACCGCCGGCCCAUCUUACACACCCGGCUCUAUUGUCGGCACCGGACCCGCCGCUGACCUCACCCUCCACGGUACCGACACACGAUUCGUCGCCCUAUCCUUCACACCAUCCGACUCAACCCAGACCCUGAUCUUCACCCUCGCAGCCAACGGCCAACUCGCGACAGGCACCAACAACAACUACCUUUGCUUGAACUACAAGCCUUCGGGUGUUCUUGGGCCGCUUGUCCUGUGCCCCUUUGAUAACUUUCAGAACGCUCCCUUGAAAUGCACACGUGCUGCCAGCGGCACCCUUUCUUGCACUGCGCCGAAUGGAUCAUGCACCUCCACUGGAAGUUGCGCGCGACCUAACAGUGGAAUCCCGUUCUCUCAAUUCUAUGUGGAUGGUUCUCAGAACGGCUAUUUUGGUGAUGCUAGUGGGGACUUUGGAUCGGGUUAUACUGCCAUUGACGUGAUCCUGGCAGAGUAA